AUGUAGCGGGGCCCAGAUGAAAACCGAAGAGAUAACGCGCGCAGCAAAAAUCUUGAACAACACCGGAAUUUCUCGGAGCAGCCCAUCUCAUGUUCUAUGGAUUGUCAUCUGCAAAUCCGUAAAACUUCCCAAUUAAUUUCUUCUUGCGACAUUCUAAACCCCUCCAGAAUUUAUCAUCUGCCGUUCUUAAUUCCUGUUCCGAAUUCUAGAACGAAAAAGGCCGAAUCUUGGAAGUUAUCAUCCACGAAUGGCGAGCAAUCGGCUGUUCACGAUGAAGCCCAUUUGCCCCAACUGCGCAAGAAUGGUGCUUUGAGUUUAGAUGGUGGUAGUAGUGGCUACCAUAAGAUGGAAAGAAAGAGGAGGGUGUUUUUCUUGGAUGUGAAUCCGUUGUGUUAUAGAGGGAGCACUCCUAGUUUGGACUCUUUUGCUCAUUGGAUUUCCCUUUUCUUCUCCCAAGUCAGCCUCAAUGACCCUGUCGUAGCUGUCCUCGAUGGUGAAGGUGGCAAUGAGCACCGUAGGCAGCUACUACCGUCGUACAAAGCAAACAGGAAGAAGAUGUUGCAGCAAUUCCCAGCUGCUGAAAUGUCAACUUGGGCUUCUGUUGGAAGAUCGAAAAAACUAGUUAUGGAUGUUCUUCAGAAGUGCAAUGUCCCGGUUGUGAAGAUUAAAGGGCACGAGGCAGAUGAUGUUGUCACAACACUUGUGCAUCAAGUGCUGCACAAGGGAUAUCAAGCUGUGAUAGCUUCUCCUGACAAGGAUUUCAAGCAGCUCAUUUCAGAAGACGUUCAGAUGGUUAUGCCCAUCCAAGAAUUGGAUAGAUGGUCCUUUUACACCUUGAAACACUAUGUUGCUCAAUACAACUGCGACCCACAAUCCGAUUUGAGCUUAAGGUGCAUUUUGGGCGAUGAAAUAGAUGGUGUUCCCGGCAUCCAGCAUCACGUUCCUGGUUUUGGCCGUAAAACUGCUUUAAAGCUCUUGAAAAAACACAGGUCUUUGGAGAAUUUACUUAGUGCUGCCAGUGUGAGAUCAGUAGGAAGACAAUAUGCACAGGAAGCACUAACAAAAUAUGCUGAUUUUCUGCGAAAGAAUUAUGAAGUUCUUUCUUUAAAGAGGGAUGUGAAUAUCCAGAUUGAGGAGCAGUGGCUGGUCACUAGAGAUGCCCAAAAUGACUCGAUAGUCUUAUCCAGCUUUAUGGAGUUCCUGAGUAAAACUCGCAAUAGCAAAUGGCAGUAUAAAUCUCAGUCCCACGAAGUUUCACAGAAAAUACGGAUUGGAGAAGAGGGUAGAGAAGUAGGACCUUCCUUUCUCGUUCCCACUGUUUUCUGUUCGUCAGUUUCAUGGUUGGCACUUGCUCAAGUGGCACGAGCAAGUGAGGAAGUAAGAGCAAAUGCAGUAUAUGAGGUCGGGGAGCUGUUUGAAUUGGGAAUCCAGCUUUCCUACUUGCUUUUACUUCUAGCUUUACUCGGGGCUGGGACCUUCUUUGUGAUUCGUCAAGUCCUAGUACGAAGAGAGCUUGAUCUUUCUGCAAAAGAACUACAAGAGCAAGUUAGAAGUGGUGAUGCUAGUGCAACGGAGUUAUUCGAGCUCGGAGCUGUGAUGUUGAGAAGAAAGUUUUAUCCAGCCGCCACCAAAUACCUCCUUCAAGCAAUCGAGAAAUGGGACGGGGAUGACCAAGAUCUUGCUCAAGUCUACAAUGCCCUUGGUGUGACCUACAUCCGUGACGGGAAAACGGACAAGGGCAUCGCUCAGUUUCAGAACGCUGUCAAGCUCCAACCGGGAUAUGUCACGGCCUGGAAUAACCUUGGCGAUGCCUACGAGAAGACCAACGACCUGAAAUCCGCACUCAAGGCAUUUGAGGAAGUCCUGCUCUUCGACCCCAACAACACGGUUGCCCGUCCCCGGAGGGACGACCUCAAGGCGAAAGUUGACAUGUACAGAGGCGUUCCGGUGAAUGUGAAGACCAAGAAGAAACAAUGAUCAUAUUGUAAGCUUGUUUUAGAUUCAGCAUCUUCUUUUGGUCAAUGUUGGUUAAUUUGCUUGUUUUUCUGCCUGUUUUUUACAUACUGGGAUUUUGGCUAUGCAAGUGUGCAGGGAUCAAUAUUGGCUGUGACUUUAUAUUUAUUACUAUUAUUUUUUUAAGAGCGUAAUGAGAUCAUUGUUUCGUGCA